AACGUUAUUUUCGCAGUUAUAUAAAGUAGCAAAUUAUCGUUCCUGAAUAGGUGGCGCCGUGGUAGCGGAUCCUGUUCCUCUACUUCCGGUUUCUGCACUGUGCAACUAUUUCAGUUAUAUUUUUAAUUAACGAUGCCAAGUACUUGUUGUUGUGUACCUGGAUGUCAUUUAAGAGGAGGACAUGCAUUUCCAAAUGACUUAAAAAGAAGGAAAAGUUGGAUCAACGCCAUGGCCCAUACGCAGAUUGGACGAGAACACGAUGAUAUCGUGGAGUCCAUCUCAAUCAGCUGUUGUUUGCAAGGCACGUUUUACUGAAAAAGACUACGUGCAGGAAACUAUUCAUGGGCGCAAACCCACCAUACAGAGACUUAAGUCUACUGCAAUUCCCAGCCUAUUUUCCUGGACCAAGCAAGAGACUGAAUCAACCACAAAAAGAAAAAUCAGGGCAGUUUCCUGUGAAAACAAAAGAACUAAACUUGAUGAAUAUUGUAGUAGAAAUCUAGAGGAAAGUUUUGAUUGUAAAGUUGGUUUUCCUGAAGAAGUCAUUCAUACUGCAGAAAGGAUUUAUGACUGUCCACCACCAACUGCCGAGCUAAUGUUGAGCUUCACAGAUGGAAUUACGCAAACACCAUCAAUGCCUAUGUUUUCAGCAGAGAAUUUUGAAAUGAAGACACAUGACACAGCCAUGCAUUUUUAUACCGGUUUAGAGUUGUAUACUAAAUUUUUAUUUGUUUUGACCACACUUGGUCCAGCAGCACAUUGUUUGAGAUACAUAUAUUUUCAAAUUGAUAGGGUGUCAGUUGAAAAUCAGUUUUUUUAUGACUUUGAUGAAAUUGAGGCAUCAUACAACCAACUUUGAACUGUCUAGAUUCUAGAUUGAAUCUAGUGUUAAGAAUAUUGUGUAUACAUGGAUUGUUUUUAUGUCUAAACAGUGGUGUGAGGCUAACACUUGGCCAUCUAGUGGUUUAGUCAGUUAUUUUUCACCAUCCAACUUCAAAUUAAAGUUUCCUACGACUUGGAUUAUUAUUGACAGCACAGAAUAUCCCGUGAUAAAACCUAAAGCUCCUAGAGCUCAGGCAACCUUUUCAUCAAAUAAAAACAGAAACACUGAAAAUUCUUGAAUGUUCGACACCUGGUGGUUUAGUCAACUAUGUCUCUAUGUCACAUAGAGCGAAUUAUUGGACUUGGCAAAACAUACAAAAUUCUAAUAAAUCCUAUGAAUGGAACUGAAACAAAACUUUCAUCUGAAAUAACAUUUAGUUGUUUUAUGUUGUGUAAUUUUAGAACUUGUAUUGUGCCAAAGGAUGCAUAAAUAAAAGUGACGCAAUGAAUUUUGUUCUGAUAUAUAUAUAUUUACAAUUACAUGCACAUGUAAAUUGUAAUGCAUAUAAAAAUAAGGAGAUGUGGUAUGAUAUUCAGUGAGUUUAUCAAACUAAAGUGCAUAAGAAAUGGGUUUAAGCAGUUACAGGUGUUACUGUCACCGUACAAUCUCCAACAAUGAGAAAAACUCGUACCCUGUAAAAAAUUUCAGAGAUCUUACAACUAAGUUUUGUUGUCUCACCUUGACUUUGGUGAAUUUUUUAUAUCUGUUGAUGUAAAUAUAAAAAAGAAGAUGUGGUAUGAUUGCCAAUGAGACAACUCUCCACACAUGCACAAGAGACCAAAUGACACAGAAAUUAACAGCUAUAGGUCACAGUACGGCCUUCAACAAUGAGCAAAGCCCAUACCGCACAGUCAGCUAUAAAAGGCCCAGAAAUGACAAUGUAAAACAAUUCAAACAAGAAAACUAACGGCCUAUUUUAUGUAAAAAAAUGAACAAAUAUAACAAA